UAGUUUGACCUCACUACCCAGGAUGCACUGCGCUCUUGCCAUCUUGUGGAGUGGUUGUGUUAGCAGCUAGCAGCAGUUAGCUCACUGAGGUAGAGUGGUUAUCUGUCAGCUAGCUGCUAGUAGAGGAGCAGCUGCCAAACAGUGAGCUGUCCACACGGCGAGAGGACACAACUUCACCCACUUUGACACGUUUUCUCUCUGUCCACCUGCUGGAUUAUAUACUCUCUUCUUUUUGGUAAAGCCAGUGGACUUGUUUACAUCAUGAUGUCGCACAUGCUGGUGCUGAGGAAGAGAGAACGAGCUAACAGCAGCUAACUGAAGCUAGUCGGUGAGAGAGAAGAAGAAGACCGGAGACUAAAGUACCGGUGGCAGCUGCUCAACAAGAACUUUGACAAGGGCCUGGUUGCAACUCCGCUGCCGGGACACACAAGGAAAGGCCGGACCAGGACCGGGGUGUCAGAGAGAGAGAGAGGCCGGAGGAGGAGCAGCAGUCACCCCGUGUUUCUGUGACCAGACACCGCAGGGAGGUUUGGGGAGUUUCUCAGACUCUGGCUCCAGGGUUGUGACACUUUUCUCCGACUAAGAGGAGGAGGAAGAGGUAUGGAAAUGCCCUGUGACGGUACGUGUCUGUGUCAUAUCCCUCAGCUGUGAAAUUACUAGACAUAUUAGUCCACAGCACUUUGUUUUCAUCUGUGGGAGCAGACAGACUUUGAGGCAGUCAACAUGUCGAAAAUGCCUGCGAAGAAGAAGAGUUGUUUCCAGAUCACGAGUGUAACGCAGGCUCAGGUGGCGGCCAGCAGCAUCACGGACGACACCGAGAGCCUGGACGACCCGGACGAGUCCCGCACAGAGGACGUGUCGUCGGAGAUAUUUGACGUGUCUCGGGCAGAUCUCGGGGUGUGUGAGAGGAGUUCAUCAGAGGAGACCUUAAACAACGUGGGAGAGCCUCAGGAGCCCACCACAGGUCCUGUCAACGGGGGUCUCUCUUAUAAGAGUACAGGCACUGGUCGUGUCACCCCACAUAAUGUAGGAGGAAGUGUGCCUGUACCAGCUACAACUCAACCUUUUGUUCCAAGCUCAGCCACCCAUCAGCCAGUCACCCAUCCAGCCCCUGCUGUGGCUCACACAGCUCCUGUGAACACCAGCUGUAUUUCCCGCUUCAGGGUCAUUAAACUUGACCAUGGCACUGGAGAGCCCUUCAGACGGGGCAGGUGGACAUGCACUGAGUUCUAUGAGAGAGACUCAGAUUCAAAUGUUAAUCGAACUGUGGACAGCAUAAAGCCGGCUGUGACCCUCGAUCACAGUAUAGACAGGGACAGUGGUCUAGGGGCCACCGGUAACUCUGUGGUCACUAGCAGUGCUUUUUCUGCACAGGCUUUGGAGACCACUGCGGACAGUGGCUACUCCAUUGCGCACCCUGCCCACCCUCACCCUUCAGAGCCUCUGCAGCAAGGCUACAGCUUGGCUCCUCACAUAGGGAGUGGGGCAAGUGCCUUCCAGCCCACAGGGUAUACAACUACAGCAUCACAGCAACAUCAGGCUCAGGUCAAUGUGCAGCCUGUUGCGCCCCAGACCUUCCUCUCUAACAGCCUCAAUGGUGUGCACCACAGUGCCAUGCAUCAGAAGUCUCCCAUUAUGCCUCCUGCCACGCAGGCCCAGCAGUUUGCCUAUUCUACUCAUCCUACUGGCCUCUCAGCUGGCCAGCCGGACUAUCGCCAGCAGCACUUUGUCUCAAGCACUCAGAACCUUCCCAUGUCUGCCCUCCCUGUGGGGCCUCCAACUAGCCAGGUACCAUCGCCUCUAAUCACCCCUGCUGGUCCAGGAGCCCAGGGGCUGGGCGGAGAGGCAGCCUCAGCCCAGAGCCUCCUGCUGCAAGUGGGCAACACAUCAGCCAUGGCACCCAUCCUUCCAGGAAGUGGCCAACAUCAGCAUGUUAACCAGACUCAGCCUUCAGGAGAUUUAAGCUUUGCCCCUGCACCUUCCCUCACCACCACCACCUCCCACAGCGGCGUCCAGAACGCAUCUGCCACAGUGCCCAGUACCACCAAUACCCCUCCGGGAGUGCCAAGUCAGGCACUGCCUGGCACAGGAGGACUUGUCAAGCCCCAAGGAGCCCACGGAGGAGCAACAAUAGGCCUUCCCUUCGUCUUCAGCAACCAGGCAGAAGAUGGCAGGCAGAAGUCUGAUGCCCUACCUCAGCCCAGUGCCCUUGUGGUGCCCGGGAAAGAUGGUGUGAAGCCUUUCAUCGGCGAUGGCCUCCACCUGCCCACUCCUUCUGUCAACAGCCUGUUUGGCAUCCAUAUCACCAUGGAUGUGGAUGAGGAUAGGAACCCGUCCACAGCUUUCUACCAGGCUUUCCGGCCUAGCAGAUUACGAGGGUCAAAGCCUGUCAACGAUAGUGCAUCCGGUGCCAGCGUUGUCGCCAUCGAUAACAAGAUUGAGCAAGCAAUGGACUUGGUGAAGAGCCACCUGAUGUAUGCUGUUCGCGAGGAGGUGGAGGUGCUGAAGGAGCAGAUCAAGGAGCUGUACGAGAGGAACUCGGUGCUGGAGCGCGAGAACGCCGUGCUGAAGUCGCUGGCCAACACGGAUCAGCUCGGCCAGCUGACCAGUCAGCUCAACCAGGGCGGCAGCAACACGUCGUCGCCGCCGCUGCUGCAGCAGCAGCAACACCCGCUGGUCACAAACAACAACAACAACAACCCCAUCAACCCCUUGGCUCACCACGAGGGGAGUCAGAACGUCCCUCAUCAGCCCAACAUCACCUCGGCGUGAUCCCAGUUACCCCAAUUACACACGCUCAAACACACAUGGACAGGAGUGGAAGAUCCUGUUUAGUAAAAAAAGAACAACUGCUACCGUCCCCUUAGCUUCAUAAAGCAAAAAGGCUCGGCUCUGCGUUUAAUAUGCUCCAUUUGAGGAAAAAUCAACAACAGCGACAUCUGUGUUUGCCACCAAGAGCUUCAAUGUGUGCACGUCACCGGGCUUCACGUUAUUAAGACAUUUACCACCCCUCGAAAAGUCUUAUUCUGUCCCCGCGGUUGGCUGCAAGAAAGCUGAAAAAGCAGGAGGGGCGAGGGAGCCGGUGCGCACCAUCAAACUGCAUGCUGUUCUUGUGCAGGAGAAGGGGGUCAAAGGGCACAGAGAGCUAGAUUUGUUGGGGCAACAAGGUGUGGAAGAAGGCGGUGCAACCCUGUGAGAGGGGGCCAGCGAAGUGACGAGUGUCCUUGUGACAUCCAGCAGGGACUGUUCUCCAAGUAUCCCCGACCUCACAUCACUCCAGGGCUGGAGGAGGCCAGAGAGCCGAGGGAGAAGAAGUGGGGGAGAGGAUUCGUCCUCCCUGAGCGGAGGAGGAAGCCAGCGGGCGCCUCGGCUUGAGCAGAGCGAGUCGAGAGCCUCGGCUUGUUAUAUGCUGCAACAUAAAGCUUGUGUUGUUUUCUCAGAGCCACCGUACUUUGACAUGAAUCAUCAUACUUUUUUUUUUUUCAUUAGUUCAGUUUUAGUAUUUGCAUUUAUUUAUUUCAGGGCUGCUAUUUUCAUAAUGUAAAUGAACAAUGUCAUGGAGAUACUUAUUAACAAAAAAAAAAACCUUUCUCUUUGGUCUUUUUGGUAUUUUAGAAACCUGUCAGGUAUUAAAUUUGGUAGUCUUCUUCUUGCAACAAGUAGAUCUCAAUAAGUAGGCAAUAAGAUCCAUCAUAGAAAAAUCUUCUUCUCAUGAAAUAGUGCUAACACUAAAGCCGAGCUUACAUUAGGUGAAAUCCAGGUUGAAUGUAUAUUUUGUAAAGUGUAAAGUAUUAAGAGCAAAGGAGGGUUUGUACACCUGUUGUUAAGAUGUGAUGGGAUGUUUCGAUAAAGAAUUUUUCUAGACUUUCUUUGUCAAAACAAAACAAAAAUGAAUUAGGUGGUUUGGUCGGGGGGAUGAAAAGCUGUGAAAAUUGUUCGACCUACUUUAUAACCAAAGACGCAAAGCUGUGUAAGUCUUCUUUUUUUUUUUCAUUUUUAAAUGCACACUCAUCUUUUUUUCCUACUCUCUCCUUCCCUAUAUUUUUCGUUGCUGUUUUGCAUGUUCUGCAUGAUCUAUAAUCAAACCACUUUCUUACCUCAUGUUUUUAUCCAGCACUCUUAUUUUUUUGUCAAGUUGUCAGUCUGUGAAUGAUUGUGAAAGGGUUAAUGAAAGAGAAAGGGAACAAUGGGCAGAGAGGGUGGAGGAAGUAGUUGAGGGUAAGAAUAAUAGCAAAAAGAGUGGCAAGGUGAAAGGCCUCGUGCACAAAAACAGUCAGAAAAGGAGCCAUCUUUUUUUUGUUUUCAUGUAAAUGCUGUGUUGAAUUUCAUACGCAGAGAAAAGGUUUUGUUACAUUGCAGAUUUUAAUGUAUUUAAUGAAUGCAGCAUUUCGAUUUCGAUUGUAGUGUACCCACACUUUGCUUACAAAGAAAAAAAUAACAAUAUCCGCAAAAAAAACAAAACAACAUUUCACACUUAGAAGCUGGAACCCAGUCGAUUUGUGUGCGAGCAUAUUAUGGGAUGUCCUGUACGUGUCUUUUGUGCCUCCUGUGCCGUCGUCUGCUGUCGUCAGGCGAUUCGGUUUCUUUCUCUGUGGCUUAGAACCAAACCAAAAUGCUUGGUAAUUGUACAAUCAGUCAUCUUUCUACAGGAUGGACUCUUUGAUUUACCUUCUUCUUUUCUUUUGCAAACAGGCUUAUUUCUAAUCUCUCUCUUUAGAGUAUUUUUUUUUUCUUUCAUUUGAAGGAGAUGCCGUGUACAUGCCAAGUGUACUGUAUGAAAGUGAUCACUGAGCCUUGGAGAAAAUAUCUUAACAAUGCCCUUGUAAUGUGCUGUUCAGACAAUUUUAGUUUUCAGUCAAAAAUAAAUUACUGUUUUAUUAAGAGAA